AUGAUGGUGCUCUGGGCCUUUUGUGCUGCUCACAGUCCGGCGGCGAUGGAGUGGCCGCCCACGAGCCCAAAGUUCGGGAAAGCAGAUUCGUACGAGAAGCUGGAGAAGCUCGGCGAGGGAUCCUACGCCACCGUCUACAAAGGGAAGAGCAAGGUAAAUGGGAAGCUGGUUGCAUUGAAAGUGAUUCGUCUGCAGGAGGAAGAGGGAACGCCAUUCACAGCGAUUAGAGAAGCGUCUCUGCUGAAAGGCCUGAAACACGCCAACAUCGUGCUGCUCCACGACAUCAUUCACACCAAGGAAACCCUGACGCUGGUCUUCGAGUAUGUGCACACAGAUCUGUGUCAGUACAUGGACAAACAUCCCGGCGGCCUCCAUCCGGACAACGUCAGGCUGUUCCUGUUCCAGUUACUGAGGGGUUUGUCUUACAUCCAUCAGCGCUACAUCCUUCACCGUGACCUGAAACCACAGAACCUGCUCAUCAGCGACACCGGAGAACUCAAACUGGCCGACUUCGGUCUGGCCCGUGCGAAGUCGGUCCCCAGCCACACGUACUCUAAUGAGGUGGUGACGCUCUGGUAUCGUCCUCCAGACGUGCUGCUGGGAUCCACAGACUACUCCACCUGUCUGGACAUGUGGGGUGUCGGAUGCAUCUUCGUGGAAAUGAUCCAGGGAGUGGCGGCGUUCCCGGGCAUGAAGGACAUUCAGGAUCAGCUGGAGAGGAUAUUUCUGGUUUUGGGGACGCCGUCGGAGGAAACGUGGCCAGGUGUUCACUCGCUCCCGCACUUCAAACCAGAUCGAUUCACUGUCUACAGUCCCAAGAAACUCAGACAAGCCUGGAAUAAGCUGGGUUAUGUAGAUCAUGCUGAAGAACUGGCUUCCAGAUUUCUCCAGUGCUUCCCAAAGAACCGUCUCUCGGCCCAGGCGGCGCUUCAUCACGAGUACUUCAGCCAUCUGCCCCCGAGACUCUGGGAGCUGCCUGACAUGUCUUCAAUCUUCAGCGUUCCCACCGUUAAGCUACAGCCGGAGUCUGGCGACAGCAUCCAGGUGUGCAGUAAGAGUCACGGCAAAGCGACGUCAAACAGCAAACACUGACCUGGAGCCAAACAGGUUGGCGCUGUCAGCCUUCAAGAUGGAAAAAGAACAAAGAGGAGAACGAGACGGGAACGGCUCUUCAUGUUUAUUUAAAUUAUUUCAUUUCUGGCUGGUUUGACCUUCCAUGUGGGACUGAGAGCAAUUCAGUCAAAUCUGAGUUUUACCAUCAGGAAUGUCGUGUAACAUUCCCAUAUCGACGGCAUGCGAACGACGUCCGGACUUCAAAAGGCAAUUAAUACGAACUGUUUGUGUAUGUAGCUACCUAUAUACGAAUGUUUGUACAGUUAAAUAUGUGUCUAUCUGAGAGAACAAACCAAAUGCCCUCUCACGCACAAUCACGCAUUAUCGAGACCAAGCUGGCAUUUCGCAUUUCCUGCAAUCUUCCACAUUGUUGGCUAUGGUAUGGUCCAGCUGCGCUCCCAAUAACAAUGACAAUAAUUCCCACAAUAGUAACUAGGGAUGCACCGAUGUAUCGGCCGAUAAUUAUCUGCACUAUCAGCCAACGACCGAUUAUUUAAAAAUAGCCAAUCAAAAGGUGGCAGAAAAACAUGUCAGACAGCAACUUGUCUUGUGUUGAAUUUAGGGCUGUCAACGUUAAAGCAAUAAUAACGCAUUAACGCAGCGCUGUUGAAUCAGCAACCCUAUAAAUCACCCAUAGUUCAAGCCAGGGUUGCCAGAUCCAGUUUCCAUUUCGCAGAACAUUAUUUGUAUUGCGCCUCCUAUCCAAUAAUCGCAAAGAUCUUUGUGCUAUGUUACUUCUGAUAAAAAAACAAAGUCUCAGCUUUCAAAUCAUGUACAUUUUAUUAUUAAAUUCAAACAAUAAAUGCCGUUUUGACGCUCUUAAAUGUGGCGUGACGUAUUGCUGUAGUGCUUCAGUUUAAGGGGCAGCACCGAGUCUUUUCGCACGAAAUUAAAAUGAAUGAACAUCUG